AUGUUUGACGACCAACUUAUUAUCCAUAAUUUGAUUAUAUCUCCUAUAAUAAGAUGGUUAACCUCUGCAAAUCGUCGUUGGAACAAAAAAAAUCCUCUAAUUGGUAUAAUAUUAUCUCUAAUAUUGCUAAUUGUAGUUUGUAUACUACAAAAUAUCCGUACAAGUAGAAAUUUCUAUCAAAUAUUAGGAAUAUCAGGGAAUUCUACAAAAUCGGAUAUAUCUAGUGCAUACAGAAGAUUAGCUUUAAAAUAUCACCCAGACAAAAAUCCUGAUCCUCAGGCUAAAGAAAUAUACGCAAAAAUUCGUUUAGCUCAUGAAGUACUAUCUAAUGACAUCUCAAGGAAUUGGUAUCGAAGAUUUGGAACAUUUGAAAAUAAUAUAGAUAGAUCUCCAGGGCCAGAUGGAGAUCCAGGAUUCUUAAAUUAUCCUAUGCAUCUAAUGCUAAUUCCCCUUUUUUCUACAGCUAUACCAUUUUGCCUAGCUAUUAUAAUGACUUAUAAUCAAGAAUUUUUAAAGGAGAUACUAGUGGGAUUUAUAUUUUGGGUUUGCUCUUGUAAUAUUCUAAUCCGUUUUAGCAGAGAUGAAGAUAAAUUCUUAUGGUGGGUUCCAUUUUUUGGUGAUUUUCUCCCAUUUGAAAAAAUUCGUGUUUUGGAAGGCUUAUAUAUAACUAUAAUGAAUUGUUAUCAAUUAGUGUUCCCUGUAUUUAUAGAGAAAUAUAAUAAUAAUGAAAUUGCAGAAUUUUCUCAAUCCUUGUUACGAAAGAAGUUGAGGUUAAUGUUUCAUUUGGAAGAUAUAUAUGAAUUUAUUACAAAAAAAUUAGAUAUUAACUAUAAUAGAAAAUCUUCUAAAAAAGACAAAAGUAAAAAUACUGAAGCUAAGAAAGAAAAACCCAAGAUAGUUAUUCCAAAUACUUUUAAAUUAGAUGUACAAGAAAAUAUACGUAAUGUGAUAAGUCAAACAGAAAAAGAAUAUAAUCAUUUAUUAAAAAAUUAUUUGGAGAUGUCUAAACCUUGGACUGACUAUACAGACUCAAUAAUUAGUUUAAUACAAGAGAACCUAGAUUUAGAAGACGGUAAAUCCUUUAUUUCUUUAAGCACAAUUUUGUUUUGUGCAUUUUGGUUUUAUAAGUUUUAUUCAGCAUUCAUGUAA